AUUGUUUUCUUGAAAUCCAUUAAGUUGUUAUUUGAAUAACAAUGGGUAUUCCAAAGAGAACAAGAAAAAUCACCAACGAUGAUACAAGUUUGAGUGUUCGUAGACAUGAAGAAAAACGAGUUCGUAAACUCGUUCAUCCAUCAACAACGAGUGUUGGAUCGCUUCCAAGAGAUCUUUUAGUUGAUGUUCUUGGUCGGGUUGCAUCAUCUUCGUUCACUGAUCUUUUCAAUGCUAAACUCAGUUGUAAAGAUUUUCUUGAAUCAACAACAAAUGACUACAUCUCUCAACGUAUUUCGAUCGAGAAGUUUCCAAUAACAAAUUGGUUUACACGGAAUAAAAGGGUGCUUGCUUUCUUAUCUCAAUGCUUCAACAAAGGAAACCCUGAGUCUUUGUUCAGAAAAGGAAUGAUAGAUUAUUUCACGUCAGUUAACGUUGAAUCUGGACUAUUAUAUUUGAAAAGAGCAGUUGCGAAAGGACAUUUAGAGGCGACAUAUGUAUAUGGCAUGAUUCUUCUUUCAAGUGGAGAUCAACAAGGAUUAAAACUUCUGAAUUCCAUGAAUUGCUCAAGGUCAAGGCGUUGGAAUGUGCGAGGUUGUAGAGACAAAAUCGAUUCGAUAUUUAAACAAAUAUGGAUUAACAACCCGGUUACUCUAGCCAAAGUCAACACAAAAUGUCGAGAACGAAAUCAUGCCAUUCGUUUUGAAAGAAGGGGUUGGAGCUUAGAUGACCAUGAAGAAAUUGCAAGUUGUGAUGUGUGUUUAUGGUACCGUGAACUUGUUUAUUUUUGUAAAAGCAUGAAUGUUAUCGUUUGAAGAUUUAAGUGGCAUCAUGAAAACAAAAGUGUAAUUAAACUAAUCAUGUUAUUAGAUUAUAUGCAGUGUAAUUGAA